AUGCCUACGUUCACGACUGUUGCUUUGGAGACCUUGUUGGAAUCAACAAUUCGAGAUUCAUACAAGAAGCCUUUGAAUUCCGGAGAUGAACUGAAUAAGAAGCAGGAAAGAGAGAAGCAGGAGAAAAGACUUCGACACCGCGAUUUACUCUUGCUAUUGGAAUCCAUGCCUCGGUAUUAUUGUGACUACUGCGAGACUUAUUUGACACAUGAUUCUCCAUCCGUUAGGAAGCAACAUAAUACGGGCUACAAACACAAGGCAAAUGUGCGGACCUAUUAUCAGCAAUAUGAGGCACAGCUUAACCAAAGUUUGAUUGACCAAAAGGUUAAGGAACAUCUUGGGCAAGCUGCAGCGUACCGGCCAGUUGGUGCUUCUUUUAACCCGCUGAGGCCUGGUCUUCCUGUUCUACCUACUCCGGUUUUGCCGUUUCCGGGAAACACACAGUUACCUGCGAGUUUACCCUUGGCCCCAGGAAUGAGGCCUCCUGUUUUGCUGAGACCAGUUCCUGGUUAUAUGUCUGCUCCAGCCAUGCCGCCAGUGAUGGUGCCACCUGGUGCUCCUUCCUUGCCUGGUCAAGUUAAUGGUACCCCCGGGCCUGUGACAAUGAAUGCUCCCUCGAUGGUUCCAGGGAGUACAGGGACAGCUUCUUCUAGUGGUGCCCCUUCAAUGUUUACACCAGCAAUUUAUCAAGCCAAUGCAGCAGCACCAACUGCUGGAAGUAUCGAUAAUUCCAUUACAAAUUCCCAAGCUCCCGAGGCUAGUCAUUAG